AUGGCACCCCUAGGAGCAACACCGCCUCCAGGGGUCCUCUCAGAGGCGGUGGCGCCCUCUAGGUUCCUUCUAGGAGCGGUGGAGACCCCAAAGGCCCUCUUUAGGGCGGUGGCGCCCACAGGGGCCCUCCCAAGGACAUCGGUGCCACCAGGGCCCCUACCCAGGGGCAGCAGCGCCACCAAGGGCGGCGGCUCCCACAGGGACCCUCUCAAGGGCAACAGCGCCAUUUGGGGCCCUGAUAGGGGUAGCGGUGCCCCCAGUGGUGUUGGCACUUCUACGUGCCCUGCCUUUGACGAUGGCGCCCCCAACGGACCUCCCAAGGACGGUGGCGCCCUCAAGAGCCCUUCCAAAGGCAGCGGUGCCCCAGGAGUCCUUCUAGGAGCGGUGGUGCCCCCAGGGGCCCUUCCAAGGGCAAACGAGCGCCGAGGGUCCAUCCCAGGGGCCGAGGCGCACCGAGGUGCCCUCUGGGUAGUGGCACCCCUGCCAGAAGUGGUAGCGUCCCCAGGAGCCAUCCCAGGGGCCGUGCCCCCUCCUCCCCAGCGGCACUGCGAAAGGCAGUGGCGCCCCCCGGGGCUGUGGUCCCCCAGGGUCCCUGCCAAAGGCGGUGGCACCCUCAGUGGCCCUUCCAGUGGCGGUUGCACCCCAGGGGACCACCCAAGGGCAUCCGCGCUUUCAGGGGCGGAGGCGAACCCAAGGUCCUUCGAUAGAGGUGGUGGCGACCCCAGGAGCCCUGACAGGAGUGGUGGCUUCCCAAGGGUCCUCUCAGGAUCGGCAGCAUCACCAAAGGAUGUCCCAGGAGCCCUCUUAGGGACGGCCUUGCUCCAAGGGUCCCUCCCAAUGGCGACGGUUUCCCUAGGGGGCACUUCCAAGGGCGGUAGUACCCCCAGAGACCAUCCUUAG